AUGGACCUAAAAACUGGUACACUUUUAGUACCACCAACAGUAAAAAAUUCAAGUUGUUCACAUCCACGUUAUACCGGACAUAGCUUUAUUAUCCAUAUUGGAAUAGCUGAAACAAUUGAAGCUUUACUUAUUUUGAUAUUAACAUUAGGUGUAAUAGGUGCAAAUGCGUUAGUUAUAUUUGUCAUCAAUAAUCGUCGUUAUUCACCGUAUAUUCAUAUGCAGCCACGUUACCUGCUAACAUCCCUGGCACUAAACGACCUCACAAUUGGCCUGCUAAUCACUCCAUUUGGAUUAUUGCCAGCAUUGUUUCACUGUUGGCCGUAUGGUGAGAUCUUUUGCCAAAUUCAGGCAUUACUUCGUGGCGCCCUCUCGCAGCAGAGUGCUGUAAUCCUCGUUUGUAUGGCUGUCGAUAGAUACAUGUGUGCUUUACAUCCUAGACGAUACUUUCAGCAUUCGAGUAAAAAGGGCUGUGUGGCAAUCGUUAGCCUUACAUGGAUCAUUAGUUUAACGGUUUUUGGUUUCCUGGUCCUGCCAAAAGGGUACUACUUCAAUAACACCGGACUAAUGGCAUGCGAACCAUUUUAUAGCAAGCCAUCAUAUCGAAUUUUAGCAACUUGUGCACUUUAUUUCCCCACCACAAUGGUACUCAUGUACUGCUAUGGCUCGAGCUUUCAUAUGAGUCGUUUUAGGCUCAACGAUCCGACACUACCGACAAUGGCACAUCAUCCGCAUCAUCCUUUGACGGCUCGACAAAAACGGGUUACACAGAAGCAAUUGAACAACGGGUCAACAUCCCGAUCAAUGGCCGCCAUGUCCUUGGGCUUUAUUGUGAUGGUAACGCCCUGGACAAUACAGGAAAUUGUGACUGCGUGUACUGGGUCCAAGCUUCCGCCGUUUUUAGACUUCAUUGUUACAUGGACUGCGCUUAGUAAUAGUUUUUGGAAUCCAUUUUUGUAUUGGCUGCUGAAUUCGCAGUUCCGGAGACUCAGUCGCCAUUUACUGCCGAAUCGGUGGUGUCCCGCCGAAGACACACCAGACCACAAGUCUCCCUGCUGCCAUAUGAACUCUGAAUGUGACAUAACAACACUACCAAUGCCACCGGAGCCGCCAACGUCUCGACCGCCUCACAGUGGUGCUGCUAGCGUCAUCGGAGGCCGAAUAACCCCUCACCUGCAUACGUACUCGCUGCGCAGCCAUCACCAUCAUUAUGCCCCACAACACGGCAUGCAAAGGCCAGAUAUCGAAGGCCUCUCCGAGAAAUACUGGGGCGAAAUACUCGAACGCACUGUCAGUUCGGGUAGUUUACACGCCAUGCAGAAAUCCUUUUCGUCACCACAUCAACCGCAUCACGUAACGACAUCGUUCAGCAAGAACAGUGAUUUGAAUCUGACGAUUCGCGAGAAUGGCAAUGGCAAUGAAGAGGGCAGCAGUGCCAGCUUUCUGGACAAAUUUUCCAGUUCCGAGCCGAAAUUGUGUGAGCACAUCUACCAUCAUGAUGCAAGUUGUGCCAAAAAUAAGGCAACAGCCAUGGUGGCGGCGGCAACAGUGUCAACGAUUACAAAUGGCAGUGGCAGUUGUCAAAACACACAUCAUCCGGCGGGUAGGAGCAUACCCGAUAUAUAGUACGCGGAGGAUGUCAUUUUGGCCAAGAGUCAAAUGAUGCAUGGAGCGGAAUAUGUGAAAUGAAUAUGGGUUCUUCUUAGUUGUGACUUUCAAAUUCAGCCAAGACCAAUGUACCGUUAUAUAUAUAUAUGUUAUGUAUAGUGAAAUCGGAAUGGCUUACGGCACAAUGGGCUUGAGCAUAGUUCGAAUUGGAAUGGAAGGCAUGUUUAGUUCAUGUUAUAUUGUACAGUACACUAACAUACUUUCAUACCCGUUAUGAAGGUUUACAAAUAUAGGGUGAUGUAGAUGAAGAAGGCGCACACAGUUAGAGCCACAAGUACGAGGAUGAAGAUGAGGAUAAGGACGUGGAAAAGGAUAGAUUGGUUGUACGUUUCGUUGUUUGUUGUGUGUUCUCUGUGAUUUUGUGUUUGUAAUCAUAUAUAUGUAUGUAUGUAGAUGCAUAUAUCCUUGUCUGGUAAACGAUUUAUGACUUUUUGAGUUCUGAGUUUUGUGUGCAAUGUAUAUGUAAUAUAAAAUGAUGUAGAAUUAUUAUAUAAUAAUAUAUAAUGGUCUAGGAUAUUGCAUUAAGCCAACAAAAA